GCCGCCGGGCUCCGGUGCCCCCUCGGCGCCGGUCCACCCGCUGAGCCUCCUGUCGGAUGAGGAGCUGAUCGACUUCCUGGACACCGAGCGCCCGGGGGAGUCGCCACUGCGCGACGGCCUCGGCACUGGGGAUGCCCUUUCCCGGCCGACGAGCCCGGCGACCGCAGGGGCGCGCUCGAUGUCGGAACGCGGGACGCCGGAUCUCGGCCCCCUGUCGUCGGGGGCCGAGUCGCCGCCUGUGCCGGAGUUCCGCCUGAAUCAUCGGCGCGCGUCCGAGCCUUCGACCCUGUACCUGUCCCGGACGGGCGGCGGUCCGGCGCCAGGCGCCGGCCGGCGGGCCCCCGAAGCCCUGUCAAGCAUGUAUCUGCUGCCGGAGCGGCGGCUAUCCAUUUGCUUCGUGUCGGACUUCUACUUCCCAAACUUCGGCGGUGUCGAGUCGCAUCAGUACCAGCUGGCGCAGUGUCUGAUCGAGCGCGGCCACAAGGUGGUCCUCAUCACGCAUGCCUACGGCGACCGGGUGGGCGUCCGAUACAUGUCCAGCGGCAUGAAGGUGUAUUACAUUCCGGUCAUUGUCAUGACGAGCGCCGCGUCGCUGCCGUCGAUUUUCGGCUUCUUCUCCAUCUUCCGGGACAUCGCCAUCCGCGAGCAAAUCGAUGUGGUACACGGCCACCAGGCCUUUUCGUCGCUGUGCCAGGAGUCGAUGUUGCACGCGCGGACGAUGGGCAUACGCACGUGCUUCACGGACCACUCGCUCUUCGGCUUUGCGGAUCUGUCCUCGAUCCUGACCAACAAGGUCCUCAAGUGGACCCUGUCGGAUGUGGACCACUCGGUGUGUGUGUCGCAUACGAGUCGCGAAAAUACGGUCCUGCGUGCGGCCCUGGACCCGGGGUCCAUCAGCGUCAUUCCGAAUGCCAUCACCUCGAUCGACUUCAAGCCACAUCCGGAAGGCCGGCCUUCGGAGCGUCCGACCAGGCCGGGCGCCGCCACCGACCGGCGCAUCACCGUGGUGGUCCUCAGCCGGCUGGUGUAUCGCAAGGGUGUGGACCCGCUGUUGACGGUGAUCCCGCGCAUUUGCGCGGCCUUCCCGGAGGUGGACUUCCUGAUUGGCGGCGAUGGCCCAAAGCGCGUGCCGCUGGAGCAGAUGCGCGAGCAGUAUCGUCUGCACCAGCGCGUGGAGCUGAUCGGGGCGGUGGCGCAUCGCGACGUGCGCGAUGUCCUCAUUCGGGGGGACAUCUUCCUGAACACCAGCCUGACCGAGGCCUUUUGCAUUGCCAUUGUGGAGGCGGCCUCCUGCGGCCUGUCGGUGGUGAGCACGCGCGUGGGCGGCGUGCCCGAGGUCCUCCCCCGGGGCAUGAUCCAAUUUGCGAAUCCCGAGGUGGAGGACCUGAUCGCGGCCCUGUCGAAUGGGAUCCGCGAGCUCCCGCGUUUCCCCCCGGCGUGGGAGCUACACCGGGCCGUGCGGGCGAUGUACAGCUGGCGCGAUGUGGCGCAUCGCGUGGAGCAGGUGUACUUCCGGGUGUUGGACCGGCCGCAUCUGUCAUUGCUGACGCGGGCCCGGCGGCAUGCCAGCUGUGGAGCGAUCGCCGGGCUGAUGGCCGUGGCGAUUGUCCUGCUGGAUCACCUGUUGCUGGCGUUCCUGGACUGGGCCCAGCCGGCGGAGGCCAUCGACCAGGCGCCGUACUUCGACCCGCGCACUUACGACGCCCUGCUGGGCCGCCUGGCGGAGGCGACCGACGAAGGGGCUGCGCGAGCACAGUGAAUAGGUGGCUUUCGUUCC